AUGUUGCAGGCAAACAUUAGACAAAAUCUCCACGUCUGUGUCCAGAUUGCUACUAAGUAUCACGAACAGUUGGGGACAAAUGCGCUUAUCGAAAUUUUCGAAUCAUUCAAAUCAUUUGAAGGCUUGUUUUAUUUUUUGGGGUCUAUUGUUAAUUUUAGUCAAGAACCUGAAGUUCAUUUUAAAUAUAUUCAAGCUGCCUGUAAAACCGGACAAGUCAAAGAAGUUGAACGUAUUUGUCGCGAAAGCAAUUGUUAUGAACCAGAACGAGUUAAAAAUUUUCUUAAGGAGGCAAAACUUACGGAUCAAUUACCUCUUAUUAUUGUCUGCGAUCGCUUCGAUUUUGUUCAUGAUCUCGUCCUUUAUUUGUUUCGUAAUAAUUUGCAGAAAUACAUUGAAAUUUAUGUACAAAAAGUUAAUCCAGCCCGUUUACCAGUAGUUGUUGGAGGUCUUUUAGAUGUUGAUUGUUCAGAGGAUAUAAUAAAGCAGUUGAUGGCCGUUGUUCGUGGUCAGUUCAAUACUGAUGAACUUGUUGCAGAGGUGGAAAAGCGCAAUCGGCUGAAGUUAUUACUGCCAUGGCUUGAAUCACGUGUACAUGAAGGUUCUGUUGAACCUGCUACACACAAUGCCCUAGCAAAGAUUUACAUUGACCUUAAUAACAAUCCUGAACGUUUCUUGAGAGAAAAUCAGUAUUAUAAUAGCUCUGUUGUCGGUAAAUACUGUGAAAAGCGUGAUCCACAUUUGGCGUGUAUUGCAUAUGAACGUGGACAUUGUGACCAAGAUCUAAUCAGAGUUUGCAAUGAAAACGCAUUAUUCAAAACUGAAGCUCGUUACUUAGUUAGACGGAAAGAGCCCGAGCUGUGGGCAGAAGCUUUGAGUGAAUCCAAUAGUUACCGUCGACAAUUAAUUGAUCAAGUUGUUCAGACAGCACUUUCUGAAACCCAAGAUCCUGAAGAGAUAUCCGUUUCUGUUAAGGCAUUUAUGGCUGCGGAUAUGCCGAAUGAACUAAUUGAACUUCUGGAAAAAAUAGUUUUGGACAAUUCAGUAUUUUCUGAUCAUCGCAACCUUCAAAAUCUUUUAAUUCUAACUGCAAUUAAAGCUGAUAAAAGUCGUGUAAUGGAAUACAUUAAUCGCUUGGAUAAUUAUGAUGCUCCAGAUGUUGCUAACAUAGCCAUAAAUAAUUCUCUCUUUGAAGAAGCGUUUGCCAUUUUCAAGAAAUUUGAAGUCAACACAUCCGCUAUACAGGUUUUGAUUGACCAUGUCAAAAAUUUUGAUAGGGCCUAUGAAUUUGCUGAACGUUGUAAUGAUCCACCUGUCUGA